AUGACUGCGGCAAUUAAGAUGCUUGCACAUGGUAUACCCAUUGAUGUUGUUGGCGAGUAUGUGAGAAUUGGUGAAAGCACAACAAUUGAGUUUUUGAAGAGAUUCUGUGUAGGAAUCAUUAGCAUUUAUGGUGAAGAAUAUCUGAGAUUGCCGACUGAGACGGACAUUUCCAGACUGCUAUGGGAGGGGAAGAAACGUGGAUUUCCCAGAAUGCAAUGGCUUCGUAUGAUUUGUGAAUAUGGCAUGCUUUUUUUUGGUAUGCCUGGAUCAUAUAAUGACAUUAACGUUCUUGAUCGGUCUUAUCUCUUUGCUGAGCUUAUUGAAGGACAUGCCCCUCAUGCCAACUAUACCAUCAAUGGCAACCAAUGCACUAUGAGAUAUUAUCUUGUUGAUGGUAUCUAUCGUAAAUGGGCAACCAUUGUCUAA